UUCGUCAAUAGUGACAUGUUUUGUAAUGUGUUCACCCCUGUCGCCGAUUCCUCGUGUAAUUUGAAAACGCUACGACUUCCAUGACAAGACAUAGGCCUACAGUUGUGUAAUAUGAACGGUACCACAAUCCGACGUUUUUGAAAGUAGUGUGUAGGGGGCGUUACGUCCAGUGGCAUGACAACUACAGCGAAGGUGGGGAAGAUUUGACGAGUAUGGAAAAAUAGAGCCUUAGCUGGAAUAAAAGGACUGCUUCAGGAUGGACUUCAAACGGCGCAAUGGAGGCCCUGCGAUGGGCGGAGCUUCACAGGCCAAGAAAGGAAAAAUUAACGCUGAAUGGGAGGAUAGCUCUUCCCAAUUUGAGGAGGAACUUUCCCUUUUUGAUGAAAUGGAAAUGGAGGUGGAGUCAGGGGAGGGACAGGCAGGUCAUGAUGUCAUUCCAGUGGGUGACUUAUUCUCUGCUGAUCUUAAUCCACGGUGGAAACGCCCUCAUGCUCCUCCUCUUCAACCAAACUCAGACACACUCAUCUUUCAGCAGAUAGACCUGGAUUACUACCUUGGUUCUGCAGUUGCAGGGAUGCCAGGGCAAGUACAGGGUAAAGUGCCAAUCGUGCGCAUGUUUGGUGUGACAGACAGUGGAAAUAGUGUGUGCUGCCACAUUCAUGGAUUCUCCCCAUACUUCUAUGUUCCUGCCCCCAAUGGUUUUACAAAUGCACACUUGGCCGAGUUUCAGAGAGAGCUGAACUCUGCUGUGUUGAAAGACAUGCGUUCCAAUAAAGACAACAUUGCAGUCACUGUGCUGGCAGUGGACAUCACCCAGAAAGAGAGUAUGUACCAUUACCACGGAAACCAUCCUCAUGAUUUUCUACGCAUCACCAUGGCAAUACCACGUUUAAUUGCCCCAGCAAAGCGUAUCCUGGAGCAGGGCUUUAAAUUUGCCAACUUCUCCACCCAGAGCUACCAGGCCUUCGAAGCCAACAUUGACUUUGAGAUCAGGUUCAUGGUGGACAGUGAUAUGGUUGGUUGCUGCUGGAUUGAGCUUCCUAAAGGGAAGUACAGACUGAGGGAAGAGAGGACUGAAGGACAAACUGAUUCACAAUAUCCAGGAAUGGUCUCUCUAUGUAAAUAUGAGGUGGAUGUGGCCUGGAACAAUCUGAUCAGUCAUCCAGCUGAAGGAGAAUGGCAGAGGAUCGCUCCACUCAGAGUCCUCAGCUUUGAUAUAGAGUGUGCAGGCAGGAAAGGUGUGUUUCCAGAGCCAGACAUUGAUCCUGUGAUUCAGAUCGCGUCUAUGGUCCAGCGUCAGGGAGAGAAGGAGCCAUUUAUCCGGACAGUCUUCACCUUACAGAGUUGUGCCAGUAUAGUGGGCUCUCAGAUUCUCUGCUUUACUCAGGAAAAACAGCUACUGCAGAGCUGGGCUGAAUUUGUUAGGACGGUGGAUCCUGAUAUCAUCACCGGCUACAAUAUUCAAAACUUUGACCUUCCAUACCUUCUGAACAGAGCUGCAACCUUAAAGGUGAAGUUGUUCCCAUAUCUGGGCCGUGUGUGGGGCAUUAAAUCAGUUCUGAAAGAUUCCAGCUUUCAGAGCAAGCAGAUGGGCCGCCGAGAGAACAAAACUGUCAACAUGGAGGGAAGAGUGCAGUUUGACCUACUGCAGGUGCUGCUCAGGGAUUAUAAACUCCGCUCUUACACACUGAAUUCUGUCAGUUUCCAUUUUCUUCAGGAGCAGAAAGAGGAUGUGCAGCAUUCCAUCAUUACGGAUCUUCAGAAUGGGAAUGAGCAAACCCGAAGACGUUUGGCUGUGUAUUGUUUGAAGGAUGCGUAUUUGCCGCUGCGCUUGCUGCAGAAGUUAAUGUGUGUCAUUAAUUACAUGGAAAUGGCCAGAGUUACUGGGGUGCCACUGACCUACCUGCUGUCUCGUGGACAGCAGAUUAAAGUGGUUUCUCAGCUUCUGAGACAGGCUAUGAAGCAGGAUCUGGUGAUGCCUGUUGUGAGGACAGAGGGUGGAGAGGACUACUCAGGAGGCACAGUCAUAGAGCCAGAGAAAGGGUAUUACAGUAUUCCUAUAACAACUCUGGAUUUCUCCUCCCUGUAUCCCUCCAUCAUGAUGACUCAUAAUUUGUGUUACACUACACUCCUGCAGAAAGGCCAAGUCGACAAACUGGGUCUGGCUCCAGGAGAUUUUAUUAAGACCCCUACAGAUGAUCUGUUUGUGAAGAGCACUGUGAGGAAGGGUCUUCUCCCUGAGAUCCUGGAAAAUCUGCUGAGUGCCAGGAAAAGGGCAAAGGCUGAGCUUAAGAAAGAGAUGGACCCCUUUAAAAAGCAGGUGCUGGACGGUAGGCAGUUGGCUUUGAAGAUCAGUGCUAACUCAGUGUAUGGUUUUACUGGGGCUCAGGUGGGGAAACUGCCCUGCCUGGAGAUCUCACAGAGUGUCACAGGGUUUGGUAGACAGAUGAUUGAACAGACCAAGCAGCUUGUGGAAUCGAAAUACACGGUCGCUAAUGGUUACCAAGCAGAUGCAAAGGUCAUCUACGGAGACACUGACUCUGUGAUGGUGAAACUGGGUGUGGCCACAGUGCAAGAGGCAAUGAAUCUGGGGAAGGAGGCAGCUGAUUGGGUCUCCUCCCACUUCAUUCCACCAAUUAAAUUGGAGUUUGAGAAGGUGUAUUACCCUUAUCUGUUGAUCAAUAAGAAACGAUACGCAGGGCUGUAUUUCUCCUCCAACGCAGAACAAUAUGAUAAGAUGGAAUGUAAAGGUAUCGAGACAGUCAGACGAGACAUCUGCCCUUUAGUGGCCAACCUCAUUAAUACAUGUCUCCAAAACAUCCUCAUUGACAGAGACCCUGAUGGAGCAGUUGCUCAUGCCAAAGAGGUGAUCUCUGACCUCCUGUGCAACCGCAUUGACAUCAGUCAGCUGGUCAUAACCAAAGAGCUCACACGCACAGCACAGGAGUAUGCUGGGAAACAGGCCCAUGUCGAACUCGCUGAGAGGAUGCGAAAGCGUGAUGCUGGAAGCGCUCCAAACCUUGGAGAUCGAGUUCCUUAUGUCAUAAUCAAAGCAGCGAAAGGAGUGGCGGCAUAUAUGAAAUCAGAGGACCCCAUAUAUGUGCUGGAGAACAACAUUCCAAUAGACACACAGUACUACCUGGAGCAGCAGUUGUCUAAACCUUUACUGCGCAUCUUUGAGCCCAUACUGGGUGAGAGCAAAGCCGAGAGUGUGUUACUGAAGGGAGAUCACACACGCUGUAAGACUGUCUUGACGUCCAAGGUUGGUGGCCUCAUGGCUUUCGCUCAGAAACGAAGCACUUGUAUCGGCUGCAGAGCUGUGUUAAAAACUGAUGCGGCUGUAUGCGACUUUUGCAAAAAGAAAGAGUCUGAGCUUUAUCAAAAAGAGAUUGCUCAUCUGUCAGCUCUAGAGGAGAAAUUCUCCCGACUAUGGACUCAGUGUCAGCGCUGUCAAGGUUCGUUACAUGAAGACGUUCUGUGUACCAGUCGAGACUGUCCCAUCUUUUACAUGAGGAAGAAAGUACAGAAAGAUUUAGGUGACCAGGAUCAGCUUGUCUCUCGUUUCGCUUGGUGAGAGAAAUGGUGGAAUUCUUGCCCUCUUUUUUUACCUCCAUCUUCAGCCUUCACUCAUUCAUCCUCUUAGUGAGGGGAGAGUCUAUCACACUACCCAUUUUGUAAAGAAUAUUAGUUUCUAAUUUUCUAGUGGUUGCGUUUUUGUAAAAUGGUGAGAUGUUUUUUCUCUGUGUUGAAGUUACUCAAGGGCAUUCUUUUGAUUCAUUAUUUCAAGUGGACACAUUUUCCAAAAUCAUUCCAAACAGAUGUAGACAAACAAGACUAUUAGUGAAGGUUACAUUCAUACAGUACUUUCAUGCUCCCUUCAGAGUGUCCACGGCAAGAGAUCUGUCCUUUGAAGGGAGUAGGGUAUAUGUAUGAUCACAUUUGCCCUUUCUGAAUCUAUGUGCUGUACAGUAUCUGCUGAGACAACCAGUUAUUAAAGACCAUUACUGGGAUAGGGAUCUUUGUAAAUACAUUUCAAGGGUUUACUCUACCCGGGGUUUAACUGGUAGUCUUUGCCUUACCAAAAACAAUCCUCAACUAUAAAUCUAAAGAGCUUAUAUUAAUGGAUGGACAUUGGGCCAAAGUACAUAGGGCGGCUGUGGCUCUGGUGGUAGAGCGGGUCGGCUGCUAAUCGCAGGGUUGGCGGUUCCAUUCCCGGCCCACAUGACUCCACAUGCCGAAGUGUCCUUGGGCAAGACACUGAACCCCAAGUUGCUCCCAAUGGCAGGAUAGUGCCUUGCAUGGCAGCUCUGCCACCAUUGGUGUAUGAGUGUGUGUGAGUGGGUGAUUGAGACACAGUGUAAUGCACUUUGGUAACCUCUGAGGAUAGAAAAAAAGUGUUAUAUAAGUGUAAUCAUUUUACUGAUACGGUGCACAUCAAUUAUCUAAGCCUUGUAAUGAUGUAGCAUUUCAAAACUACACACCAGCUGAGACAGACAUGUUAUACUCUGACAAGCUGAUGCAACUAUGGAAUUACUACUAUAAUGAAUGUGUCUUAGGAAGCAGAUGUGUCAGUAAAGUUAGUUUUAUAGAGCUUUGACUACUGUAAUGUCUGAUUUACUUUAAUGCAUUUGGUAGAUGCUUUUAUACAAAACAAUUUAAGUCCAUCAAGGGACAUUUUAACAGUGUGCUCCUUGGCAAUGGAACCUAAAACGCUGGCAUUGCUAGUGCCAUGUUCUUAAAUAUACUGGGUUCAAUACAAGUCAAGCUCAAUCAACAGCAUUUGUAGCAUAAUGUUGAUUAACACAAAAUAUUUUCAAGAGUCAUUUUAGGAUUAGUUGACAUUACAUCAUCAUAGUAACAAUGUUUUAAAAUUGUCUAGAAUUUUACACAGAAAAGGUUAGUAAGUGAUUUUUACAAUACUUUUAAAACAGUAUUUUAACGU